CUUCCCGGUUCCGGCGCGGCAGAGGCCCCGGGUGGUGGACGAGUCUCCGGCACCAUGACUGGUUUGUCUGGCCCACAAUGCCGGCCUGGCCCUGGCCCGUUGGCGUUGUUGUUUUUGUUCCUGCUCGGCCCCAGCUCGGUCCUCGGCAUCUCUUUCUAUCUCCCCAUUAAUUCUCGCAAGUGUCUCCGCGAGGAGAUCCACAAGGACCUGCUCGUGACCGGCGCGUACGAGAUCACCGACCAGUCUGGGGGCGCUGGCGGCCUGCGGACCCACCUCAAGAUCACAGAUUCUGCUGGCCAUAUUCUGUACUCCAAGGAAGAUGCAUCCAAGGGGAAAUUUGCCUUUACCACUGAAGAUUAUGACAUGUUUGAAGUGUGUUUUGAGAGCAAAGGCACAGGGCGGAUACCUGACCAACUUGUGAUCCUAGACAUGAAACAUGGAGUAGAGGCGAAGAAUUACGAAGAGAUUGCAAAAGUGGAGAAGCUCAAACCACUAGAAGUGGAGCUACGACGCCUAGAAGACCUUUCUGAGUCCAUUGUUAACGAUUUUGCCUACAUGAAGAAGAGAGAGGAGGAGAUGCGUGAUACCAAUGAGUCAACAAACACCCGGGUCCUGUAUUUCAGCAUCUUUUCAAUGUUCUGCCUUAUCGGACUAGCCACUUGGCAGGUCUUCUACCUGCGUCGCUUCUUCAAGGCCAAGAAGUUGAUUGAGUAAUGAGGCUCAGUCAGUCCCCUCCCCACUGGAAUCCCAGCCAGCAGAACAUCGCUGGAAUGUGCCUGGCCCAGGGCCUCCGACCAACAGCACCAUCAAGGCACGUUGGCACUUUCUUGCCAGAACUGAUCUCCUGGUGUGGGAGGACAGGGGCCACCACCUGCACCCAAAAGUCAAUGAGGGACUUCUUUUAACUUGGUAGGAUUUGAAUUGGUUUUGUAACAGUAGGACUGUUAUUAGAGUCACCUACAACAAAAAAGAGAGGUUACCUAGAUAAUGCCAGAGCCGGCAUUCAUCCUGGGUUUCCUCAUGUGAUCAGUUUGAACCGUUUGCUUUCCUUCUCCCACCUGCUCACCAACUUGGGCUUUCACUCUAAUUCUCUUGAUUUGUAUGCCCACAUGGAACUCGUUUCAUACGGAUUGUCAUCUUUGGGUUUUCUUGUGAAAACACCGUGAACUUUGUCUUUGCCCUUAGCUGAAAAGUUUCCAUAGCUUCUGGUGAUACUUUUCAUAAUUUCAUUCUCUUAAAAGGGUCAUGGAUGUGACACCUCCUAAAAGGGAGGUUUGUUCUGCAGAUAAACUCUUAUUAAAGAAAAUCUCAUUUUAGAUUUAAAAUAUUUAUGCUAAACUGCUUGAACUUUGUUCAUGUUAGUUCUAUGCAAUUUCAUCAUGGGUAGAUUCAUAUGACCGUUGCAAGAGACAGUACAGUUCCAUCACAUAGAUUCUUUAUGCUGCCCUCAUAGAGCCACAGCCAACCCCCUUCCCUAACCUCUGGCAACUAUGAAUCUGUUCACUAUCUCUAUAAUUUUGUCAUUUAAAAAAUGUUACAUAAGUGGAAUCAUAUAGAAUAUGACCUUUUGAGAUUGACAUUUGUCAUUUAACACAGUUCCCAGGAAAUUCAUCCAAGUUGUGGCAUGUAUUGAUACUUUGUUCCUUUUUAUUGCUUAGUAAUGUUCCAUGGUUGUGAAUGUACUGAAGUUUAACCUAUUCACCCACUGAAGGACAUACAGUUUGUUUUCAGUUUGGGGCCCUUCCUAAUAAAACUUUUGUGAGCAUUUGUGUAUAGGUUUUGUAUAAACAUAAAUUUCCAUUUCUCUGGGAUAAAUGCCCCAAAAGGGCAAUUGCUGAAAGGUUGUGUGGUAACCAUGUUUAGUUUUGUACAAAACCUCCCUAUUUUUCCAGAGUGGCUGUACCAUUUUACAUUUCCACUAGCAGUGUGUUACUGAUCCAGUCUCCUCAUUCUUACCAGCAUUUGGCAUUAUUACUAUUUUUUUUAAUAUUAGCCAUUUGAAUAGUAUGUGUAAUAUCACAGUUUUAAUUUGCAUUUUCCUAAUGGUUAAUGAUGUUGAACAUCUUUUCGUGUGUUUGUUUUCUUUUUUUUUUUUUUUCGUGUGUGUGUUUUCCAUCUGUAUGUCCUUUUCUGUGACAUGUGUCUUUUUUCCAUUUUCUAAUUGGUCGUUUGUUGUUUUUACUAUUGAAUUUUGAGAAUUCCUUAUAUAUCCUAGAUACAAGUCCUCCAUCAGAUAUGUAGUUGUUUGGAUUUGUAACAUAACUUCUACUGAGGAAAAAUAAAUCACCGCUUCUUUUUUGCAUGGCCAGUCACUGACUUCGUUCCCAUCCUCAUGUGUUCUGUCUAGAGAAUUAAGACAUGUGAGGUAUAAAAUAGACAUCUAGGAAGGCUAUGGAGAGAGUAGAUACUUGGAAGUGUAUGUGAAAGCAAAGCCAAGAAUAACUCGUGGGAGUUGGAGGUGCCUAAUAGCCAAUACCAAUGUAAAAAGAGAAAAGCUGGGGCUGGGCCUGUCACUCAGUGGUAGAGCUCUGUUGUGUAGCAUGCACCAAGCCCUGGGUUUGAUCUCUUAGCACUACCCCAAAAAAUGUGGAUAAAAAUGACCAUGUUCAUAAACAGGAAAAUAAUCACUUGAAGUCUUUCUCACUUCCCCCAGGAAAGUAGGUGUGAGUUUACACUUUUUAUAAUCUCUUUUUAACCUACUGACUGUUACAGGACUUUUGUAAUUGCAGUGACAAGAAUUACUGGAUCUAGAGCCACAUCACUUGCAGUGAAGAAAAAGAAUAUUGAAAAUAUCAAAGAACACUAUUGUGUUAACCUGGAUAAAAAGUACGGAGGUAAAAGAAGAGUAGUUUAUGCUAUUAAAGUCUCAGGCUGUUCCGUUAAUGUUCCAGUUACUGUGAAUCCAAAAGCCUUUUUUUCCACCCUUUCACUCCUGUAAAUCCCUCUUGUGGAGUAAAAGUGGUUUUCUCAUUACUUGUGCAACAUUGCCAUCUGCUGUUGAGAAGUGAUAGGUACUGCUUCUGUGAAGUUGGCAGUAGAUUCCUUGCCAUAGGCACAGCAGAUGUGAAAAUCCGUCACAUUAAUAUAUAUUAAACGACAGAGGAUGCAUCCAAGUAGGGAAAAGAAUAAGCAAACUUGUGUCUUAAGAUCCAGGCUGGGAAGUUUCAAUGUGAAAUCCUAGUCUGUACCAUUACUAACAUGAGACUCAUAUUUCUGAUUUGUGCCUUCCCCCCUUUUAGAAGCAGUGAAAGCUACUCUGUUAGUUAUGGUCUUCUGUGCUGAAAAAUGUCAAAGAAGAAAAUAGAAGAUAAUAUAUUGCUGAUGUUUAUGUUUUCAAUUCUGACUCUAAAUUUAAGGAACUGAAAUUCUUCUCUGUCCCUUCCUGUUUCUCAUGCCAAAAAUAUCAACUCAGACAUUUGUGCUUUUUAUGUAUAAGUUAAUUGAUGGUAAACCUUGAUUUUUAAUCUAAAAAAUAGAAGUAUUUUCUUUUGAUACCAGGCUAAUACCAGAGCAAAUCAGCUUUAGGAAUGUUAUCUACCUUCUUCCAUUUUUAGUAUAGUGCUUAAAAUAAUCUGUAUGAGAUAAAUGAGAAUCAUACAAUUUAGGUGUGCUUUGUUAUAUGUCAUGAACCCCCAUCAAAGCCACUUUUCUUUGUUUAAUAGAAAGAAGCAUGCAAAUUUAUACAGGUGCACUUCUAAGUGUUGGAUUGGGAAUUUUUGUGUAAUUUUUCUGAAAUAAAGGCCAGCAGAAACCA